CUAAAUGGAAACUUGCCUGUCCAGUCUUGGAUUAUUAAAGUCUGGACACGUUUUAAAAAGGUUAUCAUGAGAGACUUGGCACAUUGUUUUGGAUCAUGACCAGUUCAGCUUGGCGUGUGUGUGUGUUUGUGUGUGUAAAUUGUGUAUAUAUAAACAAGUCGGGUCAUUUGUUCAUCAUAUAGUUUUUCGAAUUAAUCAAGAAUUUAAUUAAGAAGACAUGCGUUUGGUUAUGGAGUCCAUUAAAGGCAUCCUCGUUGCACCUCUGCGUCAGUUCAUCCAUAAAGACUUUCAUGAAGUUGUUGCAAGGAUGACUCUCAUUGACAGGCUUCUCUUUCUGAUCCUCCACGCUGUUGAUAAGUUGGGUAUAUGGCCUCGGCUACCUGUGUUCUUGGGACUGAUUUAUCUGGCGAUCCGUCGACAUCUUCAUCAAGAAUACAACUUGUUUAACGUCGGAACAACUCCGGUUGGUGUUCGAUUCAACCCCUCAGAUGUUCCUUUUAGGACAGCUGAUGGGAAAUUCAACGAUCCAUUCAAUGAAGUCGCCGGCAGCCAAGGAAGUUUCUUUGGCAGGAAUGUUCUUCCUGCUGAAGAUGGAACCAGAAAGCUUAUGAAGCCGGAUCCAAUCGUGGUUGCCACAAAGCUUUUGGCACGUAGAAAAUUUGUGGACACAGGAAAGCAAUUCAACAUGAUAGCAGCCUCUUGGAUCCAAUUUAUGAUCCAUGAUUGGAUCGAUCACAUGGAGGAAACUAAGCAGGUUGAGCUUACUGCACCUAGAGAAGUUGCAAAUCAGUGCCCUCUCAAAUCCUUCAGGUUUCAGAAGACAACAGUGGUUCCCACAGGUUUUUAUGAGAUCAAGAGUGGUCACAUAAACAUACGAACACCUUGGUGGGAUGGAAGUGCUAUUUAUGGUAGCAAUGCAGAGAGGUUGAAGAAAGUGAGGACCUUCAAGGAUGGAAAGCUCAAGAUAUCGAAUGUCGAUGGGCUUCUCCUUCAUGACGAAGAUGGGUCUGCUCUGUCUGGAGAUGUUCGUAACAGUUGGGCUGGUGUGUCCACAUUACAGGCCCUCUUUGUCAAGGAACAUAAUGCAGUCUGUGAUGCCCUCAAGAAAGAAUACCAUGAUUUGGAUGAUGAAGAUUUGUACCGUCAUGCAAGACUGGUGACUUCGGCUGUGAUUGCAAAAGUUCACACCAUUGAUUGGACUGUGGAACUUCUCAAAACCGACACAUUACUUGCAGGAAUGCGUGCCAAUUGGUAUGGAUUGUUGGGAAAGAAAUUCAAGGAUACAUUUGGACAUGUUGGUGGAUCCAUUCUAGGAGGGUUCGUGGGCAUGAAGAAGCCAGAGAAUCAUGGGGUUCCAUAUUCAUUAACUGAGGAAUUUGUCAGUGUUUAUAGAAUGCACUCACUCCUACCUGAUAACCUCCUCCUUAGGGACAUCACAAAAGCACCAGGACCCAACAAAUCUCCACCAUUAAUUAAAGAGGUUCCUAUGGUAAAUCUGGUUGGUCAUGUUGGAGAAAAGACCUUAUCAGAAAUUGGAUUCACAAGACAGAUGGUUUCAAUGGGGCACCAAGCAAGUGGGGCCCUUGAACUUUUUAAUUAUCCAGUGUGGAUGAAGGACCUUAUAGCCCAAAAUGUGGACGGCACAAAUAGACCUGACCACGUUGACCUAGCAGCUCUUGAAGUUUAUAGGGACAGGGAGAGGAAAGUUGCUAGAUACAAUGACUUCCGUAGGUCCCUCCUAUUGAUACCUAUAUCUAAGUGGGAAGAUCUAACGGAUGAUGAAGAAGCAAUCAAAACACUUGAUGAAGUGUACGGUGAUGAUGUGGAGGAGCUCGAUCUGCUUGUGGGCCUCAUGGCAGAGAAGAAGAUCACGGGUUUCGCCAUCAGUGAGACAGCUUUUAUUAUAUUCCUUCUUAUGGCAUCAAGGAGACUAGAAGCUGAUAGGUUCUUCACAAGCAAUUUCAAUGAAGAGUCAUAUACAAAGAAAGGACUAGAAUGGGUGAACACCACAGAGAGCCUAAAAGAUGUGAUUGAUCGCAAUUAUCCAGAAAUGACAGAUAGAUGGAUGAACUCGUCCAGUGCCUUCUCUGUUUGGGACUCAGCUCCAAAUUCUCCCAAUCCAAUUCCCCUCUAUUUUCGUGUUGCCCAUUGAACCACAACAUUCACAACUAUUUACGGAGAUGUAACUCUUAAAUAAUUGAACUAUCGUGUUGUAAUCAUAGUAAAUUGCAUUGCUCGAGUGUUUGUAAGAAAAAUACUAUUUGUAAUUGAAUAAAUUAUUUGCAAAUUUGUACGUA